CCUGAGCCCUCUCUCUGGCUGGGAGGGCUACAAGGCAGAUCUGAGCUGCUCAGACAGACUCCCCCACACCCACCCCUGGCCAUUGCUGUAACUGAGCUCAGCCGCAGUCUCUGCCUCAUGCUGUGAGCUAGAGCUCUCUCUCUCUCUCGCUCUCUCGCGUCCUGAUCCAGUGCCUACUCGCUGGACUGACUGUGGGCUCUCUUCAUUCUCACACCGUGUUUUCCUGGUCAUUUCUAGCUGCGGGAUUGAGGAAGAUGGAUAUUGAGAACGGGUCUGCUCCCUGUGCCGAGCUGGACCCGGCUGCUGCUUUCCUGGAGCAGCAUCACCAUGAGAUCGAAGGGAUCGAGAGGGAACAGGAGGCCGGUGAGAUCCCGGGCAGUGAGGCAGUGCAGAGCCAAGGGCUGGCUGCAGGAGAGUUAAUUGGUGAAGUGGAUGCUGUUAAUGGUGAUUCGUGUCAGGAGAAUGGUGCUGAUGCAUGUUCGGUCAUUUCACAAGCUGAUCGAUUACACCAGGAGCCAGAUAGUAUACGCAAAUGGAGAGAAGAACAAAUAAAACAUCUAGCAGAGUUGGAUGCCCACUCUCGUGAAGCAGAAGUAGAAUGGAGGGAGAAAGCAAAGAAAGAUUUGGAAGAUUGGUACAUACAACAAGCAGAGCACCUCGAAGAAAUGAAAACUAAUAACAGGAUUCUGGAUGAGGCUUUCUACAAACAACCCUUCGCCGAUGUGAUUGGCUAUGUCACAAACAUAAAGCAACACUGCUACAACCUACAACAGUCAGCUGAAGACCCAGAUGUGAGUGAAGGUCAAGAGGUUGUUGUGGGCUCUGAGUGGGAGCAUGUGUUACACCUUUGUGAUUUGAGCUCCAAGACCAGCAAAGUGUCCAAGGAUGUGUCACGGAUGCGAUCUGUUCUCAUGUCUCUUAGCCAAGUGCCACUGACUCUAAAGUGAAGUCGAAAUAGUCAGGCUGGCAUUCUUUAAAUUCUAAUCAGCGAAAUAUUACCUUCCAUUUCUGAAUUGUGUGGGAUGUUUUGCUCGUGUUGACAUUUGCUGCCUGUGGUUCCUUCCUCCUUCCAAGUUGAAACUGUUUUCAAAGAGGAACAUGUCUCAGUGAUGAGCUCUGACAGAGUCGAUUAAAUUGUGUAUUUGCUAUUUGCUUUGUGUGAAUUAAUGUGUGUGAUUUUCUUGCUCUGAGAAUACAGGACUGUAGUACAAGACAUAUCAUUUACUGUAAUAUAGUAAAAACUACAACAUAAAUCUGCUAUCAGUCUAAUGAAAUAAAAUUUCUUGACAUGUUGA